AUGGGUGGUCCUUCCAAAAGUCGACAGCUCCGGGAGAGCGCCAUCGCUCAAUGCUCUGUGGACAUUCAAGAAGCAGCCUUUGUGGCCGUGGACUUGGAGUUUACUGGACUCUUCCUGGAUGCAGAUGACAGUUCCAGCGCUCGAAGUGCAUCCUUGCAGGAGUACUACACCAGGUGUAUCACCAGCAUCCCAUCAUUUUUGCCGUUGCAACUGGGAAUCUGCUGUGCUCAUCAACGUGAUGACGUCUGGGAACUUCGAGUACAUGAGUUUAACCUCUGGCCCUCCAAGCGCUUGUUUGUCUCUGACUUCAAGUCCUUACAGUUCUUGCGAGAGCAUGGUUUCGAUUUCAACAGCUAUUUGGAGCAGGGCUUCACCUACUCCAGGUUGGACCCGGCGAAAGCCAAGCGUCAGCGCCACAGUUGCGACGCCAACCUACUGAUCCGAGCACUACGCAGUGCCAAAGCGCUGGCGGUGCACAAUGGGCUCUUGGAUUUGCUGCAUCUCUACCAUGGCUUCAUAGGAGAUCUGCCCAAAGAUGUGAGCAGCUUUUGCGAGGCCUGGCUAUCCGAAUUUCCCUUGCUGCUGGACACCCGACAUCUGGCGCAAGAGGGACGCUAUCACAUCCUGAAGCUGGCUGGAGGCUUGUCCUUGGAACAUUUGAAUCGUCACCUCAGCGCUUCAGACCCGCUUCCGGGCCUUGCCGCGGUCGGAGCCUCUUCGGCUCGGACGGCACAUGGCUCCGCAGGUCAGGAUGCGUUGCUGACAGCCAAAGUGCUGUUAAUGCAGAUGCAGCUUUGGAUUGCCAACGGCCUCAAGGAAUCGCGCGAGAAGGAGGAGGAAAGGCAUCGCCUGAAGCGCCUGGAGGAAUUGGAAAAAGAGCUGCCAUCCAACUGGCAAGACGUUCACCAGCUCGCCGCCGACUGUGGCGUCAGCAUCUACCGCUGCAGCGGGCUCAGCUCCGGUCCAGCUGGUCGCUUCGGCGGGGCCAAAGGCGCGCGGCGGCCGGUGCUGGACAUCCGACGCGACAUCGCGGCGCGGCGACUGGCGGAGGAAGUUGGGGCGCGAGAUGCGUCUGCGGAGUCUGCGAAGGGUGGAGCGGAGGAAGUCGUCUCUAAGGAUUCCUUGAUGUCUCCCGCCAUCCGUCCCUUUCACAACGUUCUGGCCAUCGUGGGAGCAUCGCCGGGACAUCUCUGCUUGGAAAACAACGACCGAGCUGGUGAGAUUGCAAAGCACAAAGAGCAGAAAGACGAAUGUUUGAGGUACAAAGACUUUCUGGUGAACCUAACGCCUGCUGAAUGGAAGGAGCAGAAGCGAGAAGAAAAGAAGCAACGCAAGUUGCAACGCCGCAAAAUCGCUGUGGAUGCCCGCAUGGGCGAGAUCGAAGAGAAGUUGCAAGCGGAGAUCGAAGCCGAAGAGUUGGCCUUCCGAGAGAAGGAGGAGAAAGAAAAGAAAGGACGGAGGCGUCAGAAAAGAACUGAGGAAGAUGAGCAAAAGGAGAGAGAUCAAAUGGAAGCUCGUAGACGCCGCAUCGCCAGGAAGUAUCCUGUGAGGGAACAGGUGGAUGCUGAGUAUGUGGAGUACUCCAGUGGCGAAGAGAUGCCGCUUUACUUCCAAGAGCCCAAGCAGCUACUGGACAUCUUCACAUCGUUGGAAGAGUCGAACCUCUUUCUGAUUCAAAACUCUCAGGAUACGGAGCAAGCCUUAGAGGAGCUGGAGCAGAAAUUUGCGGUUCUGCGCAAGACCCGGGAGGCGAUGAGUAACAAGAUGCAGGUCCAAAUUUCACAGCUUGAGCGGCAAAUCUUUGAAGAGAAGAGCAAGUGUGAUGAGCUGAAACAGGCGAUCUCGCAAAGUCACGGUGGCUCUGAGAUCGAGGAGUUGCUUGACGGUCUGGCGGGCGGAGUGGUGGAAGUGCAUGGCGUAUGUAUGCACGAGAACCAGGACGAUGGUGAUACCUUGCAGAUGUUGGCACGCAUUGAGUUCAAGUUAGAAGAGUACCUGGCAUAUCUCGACGAGGCGGAGGAUUCCGGCCUCGGUGCACGGGUCUUGGCGGAAGAGCACAAGAAGGAGCGUCAGAGGCGCUUGGACCUGCGGCUGAGUCGCAAGCUGCAACAGGAGAAGAAGAUUGAAGACCGCCUCAAGGCGUCUUUGCAACGAUCUCAAGCUCCUGUUCACAAGAAGGUUGGGAAGCAGAUUAUGUUCCGCUCUGCUCCCUUGUUCCAAGCACGUCGGGUGGUGCAAGAAGACGAUGGUUAUGAGGAAGCCGUGCGAGAACACAACAUCUUUGGCAUUUGGCUCGACAAAGAUGGUGUGCCCAACGCUCAACAACCUGAGAAGGCUGAGGGCUGA